AAGAGUGAGCAAGUACUGUAGUCCAAAACCCCUCAUCUAUCUUUCCUUGCUUGAAGGAAAAGAAAAGCCCUGAAAAUCCCCCACUAUUUCUUCCCUUUUCCUUUCCUUUCCCCCUUGCCAAACACAAAUCGCAGAGAGGUCUGAGAAAACGACGACGUAUCAAAGAUGUUCAGAAACCAAUACGACACCGAUGUGACGACAUGGAGCCCCGCGGGGAGGCUGUUCCAGGUGGAGUACGCCAUGGAGGCCGUGAAGCAAGGCUCGGCGGCGAUAGGGCUCCGAUCCAAGACCCACGUUGUGUUGGCCUGCGUCAACAAGGCCAAUUCCGAGCUCUCUUCCCACCAGAAGAAGAUCUUCAAGGUUGAUGACCACAUCGGCGUCGCCAUUGCCGGUCUCACCGCCGACGGCCGUGUUCUCUCCCGAUACAUGCGAUCCGAAUGUAUCAACUACAACUACACCUACGAAUCGGCCCUUCCCGUCGGCCGACUUGUUGUUCAACUCGCCGAUAAGGCUCAGGUCUGCACCCAACGCUCAUGGAAACGACCAUAUGGUGUUGGAUUGCUAGUUGGUGGGUUGGAUGAGUCUGGAGCUCACCUCUAUUACAACUGCCCAAGUGGUAACUACUUCGAAUACCAGGCUUUUGCCAUAGGGUCUCGCUCACAAGCUGCAAAGACAUACUUGGAACGCAGGUUUGGGAGCUUCCAGGAAUCUUCAAGGGAGGAUCUGAUUAAGGAUGCACUCAUUGCAACCAGGGAAACUUUGCAGGGGGAAAAACUGAGGAGCUCCAUAUGCACGAUUGCUGUAUUAGGAGUUGGAGAGCCAUUCCACAUAUUAGAUCAGGACACCGUCCAACAGUUGAUUGAUGCCUUUGAGAUUGUGGCGGAUGAAGAGCCUCCUGCUGCUGACCCUCCUACAGGUGAGGCUGAGCAGGGUGCUGCUUCGGAAGAGGGUGCGGCUGCCGACCAGGGUGCGGCUGCCGACCAGGGUGCUGCAGCUGACGAGGGUGCAGCUCCGAUGGACAUUUGAGGAUGCUAGAAGCAGUUUCUCUUGAUGCACAUGCAAUGAGGUUUUUCUACCAUGUAAUUGUUAGAAUGCUGAUGGCACGUUUAAAGAUGACAUUUUCUUGUCGGAUUACUCUUCUCUUGACCUCGUUCUUUUUUGGGGUUGUUAUUUAUCUUUGCCUCAUCGGUGCGAAAAGUUAAAAUGGUUGCAGUUAGUGAACUUCAAUUAAUUUGUGGUUUAUACUCUGAGAUUCAUUUGCUGAAUGUUGUGGAAAAUGGGUGAUAAACAAUCUUGUUAAUUUGCUGCUGUCCGCGGAUUCCGC